UACUCCCAACCAAGCUCGCUACCACCCCACACCCUAACUUGAAAGGGAUUCCGCGGCAUGCCGUCCCCCUUGUCUCCCUCACCUGGCAGUGCCAACGCUAAUGUAGUAAUCCCAUCCCCCACAGCGAGGCUAAGACCUUGGCUCUUCUCAGUCUGACCAACUGAUAUCUCGUUGACUUUCUCCGAGUUCCUGUAUUUAGUCGUCGGGGCACGAGUUCUUAAGAUCGGCGUACAGCGUUCCUAAUAUCCAGCAGAGCAACCGACUGACUGAAUCCAACUGGACUUCUGUCGGUAUCCCCCCCGCCUCUUCGACCUUGACUUGCGACGCCAAACGUACAGAGCUAUCCACGAUGUCGGCCUCCGACUCUGGCGAUGUACCUGUAAAGGCCACGGUGGAGGAACUCGAGAAGGGAGAGGGAAAUGUCACCCCAGCCGGCUCUCUGGUAGAUCAGCGACUGACGCGUAGGGUUCUCUGGAAGCUGGACACGAGGAUUCUUCCCAUCCUCGCUCUCCUGUUCCUUUGUUCGUUCCUGGACAGGACCAACGUGGGGAAUGCCCGGCUGUAUGACCUUGAGAGGGAUCUCGGCAUGACGGGCUUCCAAUACGACCAGGGCCUCGCUGUCUUCUACGCAACGUACAUCCUAAGCGAGAUACCGAGCAAUCUGAUCCUCAAGAAGCUGACACCUCAGGUCUGGCUACCUUGUCUGACCGUCCUCUGGGGCUUAGUCGCCAUGUGUCUCGGGUUCGUCCACAACUUUGCCGGGUUUGUUGGCGUGCGCGCAUUGCUCGGACUAACGGAAGGUGGCUUGCUACCGGGAAUGGUUCUCUACCUGUCGAGCAUUUACACGAGAGGAGAACUCGCCUUGCGCAUCGGUAUCUUCUACACCGCAGCCUCCCUUUCGGGCGCAUUUGGAGGUCUUUUGGCUCGCGGCCUGUCCGAGAUCGGCACACGAGGUGGCCUCAACCGAUGGAGAUGGAUUUUCGUGAUAGAAGGUCUCUUCACUGUGUUAGUCGGCAUCGCGACUUACUUCGUGCUGCCCAAUGGUGCGAGCACCGCAAGAUUCCUCACGACCGAAGAGCGUGAGUUCGCCGUCGCCCGCCUCCAUAUAUCCAGCGAUGGCAACCGCGAAAAGGAAUCGAACGAGAAGUUCGCCUGGUCCGAGGUGGCUCGUGGCGUCUUCAGUGCGCAGACCUGGUUUACGGCCUGCGCAUACUUUGGUAUCCUGAGCGGGUUGUAUAGCUUCGGCCUCUUCCUCCCAACAAUCAUUACCGGGUUAGGGUAUACGGCAAACGAGGCCCAACUGUGGUCCGUGAUCCCGUACGCGGCCGCCUCCGUAGUCACAGUAUGCACGGCAUUCCUCUCGGACCGCUUCCGCGUUAGGGGGAUUGUCAUGCUCUGCUCGCUUCCCCUGGCGAUCGUAGGGUACGCCGUGAUCGCAAACACGCAAGACAAUAAGGUCAAGUACGGCAUGACCUUCCUCAUGGCCACCGGCCUCUACAGCAGCGUGCCGCCCGUGCUCGGCUGGCUCUCAAACAAUUCUGCCGGCCACUACAAGCGGGCUACGACGAGCGCGCUGCAGCUUAUGAUCGCCAACUGCGGUGGGUUCGUCGCCGUCUUCAUAUACCCGCGGACGCAGGGGCCGGCGUACCGCGAGGGUCACACGAUCGUCUUGGGCCUGCUGUGCGCCGGCUGGCUCUUGAUCCUGUGCAACGUGCUAUAUUGCUGGAAGAUCAACCGCGAUAAGGCCAAUGGCAAGUAUGACAAGUAUCGCGGGUAUGGUGACGACCGGGACCCCACGUUCAAGUUCGUCCUGUAAGAAGCGAGCCAGGUCCAGCGGCGAAAAGGGCUCGAGAGGGUUGGCGUGCUUGGUAUGGGCUUGCAUUGUCGUUUAAGCACGGUGACGAGGUAAACAUCCACGAGAGAUAUCCCCUCCGAUGAUACAGCAUGUGUUUUGGCAUUACCUUAUGUGAUGAUUGGGGCUGUCGAAGGGGAGAGAGGGAAGGGGUUGCUGGGAGGUGAUCGGUCUUUUUGUUGCUCACGGGCUAUUAUACCGGCAGUUGGGUAUUCGGAGGAGACUCUUAUAGACUAUACGGAACGAUGAACAC